AGAAGAGGUGAGUUUGCGACGGAAGGUAAAGAAAUAAAAACAAAAAAGAAAAAAGAAAUGGUAUUAGAGAGAGAGAGAGAGAGAGAGGAAAAGGAAACCCACAGAGAGAAGAAAAACGCGAACACGGUUGAGAGUUGAGAGUUGAGAGUUGAGAGUUGAGAUGGAUAUUUUUUAUUAAUAAUAUAUUUUUAUGUGUGUGUGGUUGAAGGAGCAGAAGAAGAAGAAGAAGAAGAGGAGAAGGUGGUAGUGGUACCGCCUUCAAUUCUUUCUCUUUCUCUCUCCUCUUUCUCUCUCUUACCCUCAUCCUCAUCAUCUUAUAACUUCAUAUCCUUAACACCCACCACUUGUGAACACCCAUUAAUAUCACACACCCUCCCAUGUCUCUCUAAGCUUCGAAUUCCACCCAAAAUCGCAACUUGUUCUGUCGCCCCAACCUGGGUGUCUGGUUUUUUGUUCAUUAAUUUCUCCGAAGAGAUGCGGCGGGGUAGAGGAGGACCCACGGCGGUGGAGGCCAACGGAUCCGUUUUAAAGGAGCCGCGCUACCGCGGCGUUCGGAAGAGACCGUGGGGGAGAUUCGCGGCGGAGAUCAGAGACCCGUUGAAGAAAGCUCGAGUGUGGUUGGGAACAUUCGAUUCGGCGGAGGAAGCCGCACGCGCCUACGACGCCGCCGCUCGGAGUCUCCGAGGUCCGAAGGCGAAAACAAAUUUCCCUCUCUCGCAGUUGUGUUACCAACAACAGCAAAACCCAACAACCGAUGCUUUCUUCUACUACGACCACAGCAGCAACAACAACAACAACAACAACGUUAACAACCCUCAGAGGCCCACAUCGAGUGGGAUGAGUAGCACCGUUGAGUCCUUCAGUGGGCCCCGCCCUCCCACUGCGACGCCGUUUUUGGCCGCCACGCGGAGGUACCCGCGCACUCCCCCACUUGUCCCCGAAGACUGCCACAGCGACUGCGACUCCUCCUCCUCCGUCGUGGACGACGGCGACGACAACAUCGUCUCCUCCUCGUUUCGGCCUCCCUUGCCCUUUGAUCUCAACGCGCUGCCGUUUGACGAUGCGGACGACGACCUCCGCUGCACCGCGCUUUGUCUCUGAUCGUCCAAUCUUUUUUAAUUUCUCAUUUUUUUUCACUUCAUUUUUUUCUUAUUAUUGUUGUGCGGAACAAAUGUUUCAAAUGAUGAUCAGAUGUAAGAUUGUGGUAAUAUGAUCUUAAUUCUGUGAGAGCAAGAUUCUGUCCUGACUCCUGGGUUUCAUUUUAUUUAGGAAAAAAAAAAAAAAAGAGAAAGUAAUUAUGGCUCCCAUGUGGGUAUGUAUGCAUUGUCUCUGUGUAUUAUAUUAGUUAAGAAAUUCAGUAUUGCUCUAUAACAUAGAUGUAGUUAGAUAUCCGUGCUAUUUUUUUUUUCUUUACUCUUGGAAACUCCGAUUGGUUUGACUUUUA